UCUGGCCUCAAGACACAGAAGCAUCCCUGUUUCCACCAGAUUAAUCCCAUUGUUUCCCAAGAUGGACACCUGGUGAUUGGCAUCUUUUUAUCCUUAUUCUCAGUUGAAGUAAACAGAGUAACAGGAGCAGAACUGUUUGAAAAUUCUCCAAACAAAGCUUGUAAGCCUUAUCAAUGGCUUCACAAAAAUUACCAGCAGGCUCUGGCUCUACUGUUUGCUGUAGAGGAGAUUAACAGAGAUCCCCAUCUGUUGCCCAACAUUUCCCUGGGAUUCCACCUCUACAACACCUACCACAGUGAUGAGAGAACCUUGGAGAGCUCCCUGAGGUGGCUGUCUGGGGAGGAUAAACUCAUCCCUAACUACAGCUGCAGGAAGCAGGAAAGGUCUGUGGCUGUUAUUGGAGGGGUCACCUCAGCUCUCUCUGUCCAGAUGGGGACCCUGCUCGACCUCUACAAGUAUCCACAGAUCAGCUAUGGUCCAUUUGAUUCCAUUCUUAGUGAAAAGGUCCAGUUUCCUUUUCUCUAUCAGAUGGCUCCCAAAGACACUUCUCUUCAUCAAGGUCUUGUUCACUUAAUGGUAUAUUUUAAAUGGAACUGGAUUGGUCUGAUUACCUCAGAUGAUAUGAGAGGUGAGGAUUUCCUCUGGAAAAUUAGAAGGGAAAUGGCAAAGAAUAGUAUUUGUGUAUCCUUCUCAGAGAAGAUUCCUGUAAGUGAGAGAAGACAUAUGGAAUCACAGGAGACCUUCAUGCCCAGGAUUCUAUCAUCAUCAACUGUAGUGAUGGUCAUCCAUGGUGACACAGAUUCAUUAAUGAUUUUGAGAUAUUCACAAAUUCCUUUAUUCCCAAUACGGAAGGUGUGGAUUGCCACGUCUCACUGGGACAUUACCAUGAGACACCUCUAUGUUGAAGGUUUUGCUUUCCAUGGAGCUCUCACAUUUUCAUACUUGACAAGUGAAAUUCCUGGAUUUAGGACUUUUCUUGAGGCAGUUAGACCUUCAAAAUACCCAGAUGACAUUUUACUAAGGGGAUUCUGGCUCUCAGCUUUUAAGUGCUCAGAUCAAAUGGAAAAUCCAGAGCAAGAGAUAUGUUCACCAAAUGCUUCCCUGGAGACUUUGCCUCUAUGCUCUUUUGAUAUGACCAUGUCUGGCUGGAGUUACACCAUCUACAAUACUGUCUAUGCUGUGGCUUGGGCUCUCCAUGAAAUAUUUCUGAAAAAAUCAGAGAAAAAAUCAAUGAGAAUUGAAGAAUUCUCAUUUCCUCAUUCUUGGCAGCUGCACUCCUUCCUGAGAGAUACACACUUCAACAACAGUGCUGGUGAUCAGGUGUUUGUGGAUGAGAAAAGAAGCUCUGAAGCUCAAUAUGCCAUUAUGAACUAUGUAUUGUUUCCUAAUGAGUCUGAAGCUCUGGUGAAAGUGGGACAGUUUGUCCCCAUGGCUCCACAUGGUCAAGAUUUCACAAUUUGUGAAGAUGCCAUAUUGUGGGGCUGGUGGGAUUCAAAGGUUCCCUGUGGAAAAUGCAGUGAUAGUUGUAGUCCUGGAUUCAGGAAGACCCCGUUAGAGAGAAAAGCUGCCUGCUGUUUUGAGUGCUUCCCAUGCCCAGAAGGGGAGAUCUCCAGUCAGAUGGAUGCAGAGAAUUGUAGAAAAUGCCCAGAAAUUGAAUAUCCAAAUAAGCAGAGAGAUGGCUGCCUCCCCAAGACUGUGAUCUUCCUGAGUAUGAAAGAACCUUUGGGGAUGACUUUGGGGCUCAUGGCAGUCUCCUUCUCUUUGCUGACAGCUCUGGUUCUGGGGAUCUUUGUGAAGUUCCAAGACACUCCCAUAGUCAAAGCCAAUAACAGGACUCUCAGCUAUACUCUCCUUAUCUCCCUUAUCUUCUGUUUCCUCUGCUCUCUUCUAUUCAUAGGCUAUCCUACAACUAUUACCUGUUUCCUGCAACAUACAGUAUUUGGAGUUGUAUUCACAGUUGUUGUUUCCUCUAUUUUGGCCAAAACCAUCAUAGUGGUUGUAGCUUUCAGAGGUAUAAGACCAGGGAGUAGGAUACGCAUGUUCAUACAUCCUAAAGUGUCCAUUUUUGUUGUCCUCAUCUGCUCAGGAAUUCAAGUGAUUUUCUGUGGCAUCUGGCUGGGCACCUCUCCCCCUUUUCCAGAGGCAGAUGCACACUCUGAAUAUGGCCACAUAAUCAUUAGAUGUAACAAGGGCUCUACCUUUGCCUUUUACUGUGUCUUGGGCUACAUGGGCUUUCUGGCUGGAGGAAGCUUUACUGUAGCUUUCCUGGCCAGGAACCUGCCUGAUACCUUCAAUGAAGCCAAGUUCAUCACUUUCAGCAUGCUGGUAUUUUGCAGUGUCUGGGCCACUUUUCUGCCCACAUACCAGAGCACCAAAGGGAAAUCUGUGGUGAUUGUAGAGAUCUUUUCCAUAUUAGCCUCUAGUGCUGGAUUACUAGGCUGCAUUUUUAUUCCCAAAUGUUAUGUAAUUCUCCUAAAGCCAGACAGAAAUACCAUGGGACAGAUUAAAAAAUAA